AUGGCCCCGACUUACCUACUCUCUUUUCUAUUUGGACUUGCUGCAACAUCAGCCAUCCAAAGACGACAGGAUGCUACUCACCUGGGCGCACCUCUCUGCGCUGCCAACUCCCGCAAGAUAAUGAGCAACAGCAGCGAUCCUAAUCUUUGGCCAUGGCAGGAAUACCAAUCGUCCGAUGCACAGCCUCCACAGCUGUUGACCAAUAGCACUGGAGAACCCUUAUUUGAUGGCUUCCUCGUGAUGGCUACCAUGUCCAGCACUCGACCUCCUGCUGUAAGGCAACAGUCACCUCUUAUAAUGAGCGACACCGGAGAAUUAGUCUGGAGUGGACCCAUUCAGCUCACCUCUGACUUUCGUGUGCAGUCUUUCGAUGGGUCUCCUGUGCUGACCUACUUCACUGGGGAGGGCACCACGGGUGCGGAAGGUGUUGUGGGCCAUGGGUACGGAGGCUUCACUCUCCUUGAUACCAGGUACAAUGAGAUUGCCAGAGUAUGCCCGAUCUUCGAUGGUUUCACGAUGGAGCCAGGUGUUUCGGCGAUCUGUCAUGCCGACCCGCACGAAUCAUUCAUCACACACAGAAACACAAUGCUGCUCACGGCAUACAACGCCACACAAGCAGACUUGACGAGUUUGGGUGGCCCUCACGACGGAUGGGUUUCAGAUUCGCUCGUUGCUGAAGUUAACAUCAACACUGGAGAAGUGCUUUUCACAUGGAGCCCACUAGCCCACGUGCCAUUGAACAGGACUCAUCUACCUCUCGGAAACUUCGGACAGAAUCAGAGUACGCCGUUCGACUUCUUCCACGUCAACUCGAUCCAGCUCGUUGGAGAAAACUAUCUGAUCAAUGCUCGCAACUAUUGGUCCACAUAUCUCGUCAGCCCGGAAGGUGAAAUUAUAUGGGAAAUCAACGGGGGAGAUGGUGGAGAUUUUGGAGCCUUGCCAGAAGGAGGAUCAUUUGCCUGGGAACAUGACGCACAAGUGCGCGAAAUCGACUCGUCUCACGCCGUGUUCUCCUGUUUCGCGAACAAUAAUUUCCUGCCGACCCGUCCUGACUCCCAACCAAGUUUUGCGGUAGCGUUGAGUUUAAGCCUGCCACCUGAUCCGCUGUCACCACCAGUGCUACUGAGCAAUAUGAGCAAUCCAGGACAUCGCCUCGACGCAUGGUCUCAAGGGGCCUUCUCGCAGCUACCAAACGGUAAUAACCUCGUGGCCUAUGGCUCGGAACCUGUCGUCAUGGAAUAUGGGCCGCUGGACAGCACCAACCCCGAGGGGCACGUACACUGGACGGGCACUUUUGGGUACCCCGGACUGGUCUCGAGCUAUCGUGUUUUCAAACAGCAGUGGCAUGCCACACCAGCGACCCAGCCCAGUCUGGUCGUUCUCAGGGCUUCAUCUGAAGUCGACCUUCCUUGUGCUAUCAACUCAACCCACAUAGGCUACGUCAGUUGGAAUGGCGCUACUGAUGUGACUGACUGGGUCGUGUACGCAGGUGCGACAGAGAACUCGUUGGAGAUGGUGGGUCAUGCUAAGAAAGCAGGCUUCGAAACGCAGUUCGCCGUUCCGAGCGAUGCUGCCUUCAUCCAGGUUGGCGCUGUUGAAAAAAAGGGCAAAGAAGUAAUUCGAAGAUCAGAGGUUGUGGCGGUGUAA